AUGGCUCUCCCAAUAUGCAGUCCGUCACCACGCCUCGACCGCUUCGGACAGGCCAUGGAAUCUCUUUAUGGGAGUUUUAGCAGCAUUGACGAUCCAACAGAGUGGACUCCACCACCAAGGUCGGGUGGCCACCGGGGGCGAUACCUAUGGACAGAUGCCUUUGGGGUUGUCAAUUUUCUCACGAUGCAUAGCGAGUAUAGACGGACUGGAAAUGACACCAUUGGUGACGACCGUUAUCUGAUACUGGCAGCUCGUCUAAUUGAGACUGUCCAUGACGUUCUGGGUAAAACGCGAGAUGGCCGCUCAAGACUGCGAGGAGCGACAGACACAAACCCACUAAGCGGUGGGUUGAGAAUUGGCAAGACAGAUGCUCAUGGUCCGGACGGCGAUGGGCAAUAUCAUCAUUACCUCACGGUUUGGAUGUUUGCCUUGAACCGAAUGGCCAAAGCAUCGGGGGAUGUGAAGUACAACAGGCAAGCUGCAGAGCUCGCAAAGGCAAUACACCCAAGGUUCUUUGUGGAUCGCGCGGCGGCUCGGCCGAGAAUGAUAUGGAAAAUGAGCAUGGAUCUGUCAGAGCCAAUGGUCAAGUCAGAGGGUAAUCUUGAUCCGAUUGAUGGCUUUGUUAUUUUUCGACUCCUGCAGGCUACAGCCAUGGAAGCAGGUGAUGGCGCGGUCUUGACCGAGGAGAUUGAGGACUAUAGACGCACGAUGGAGCGCAAAGGAGAGCACUUUGUUUCAAGUGAUCCACUGGAUUUGGACAACUUGUUCGAGAUCAAUCAGUAUUUGGAGCGCAAUAUCCGAUUCCGGUUGGCCUUUCGCGAAUUCGGUACCUGCAUGGGCAUCCAAUGCCAGUCCGAGGUGAACGCUGAAAAAGAACGCUCGGUGGAUUUGAAAUGCUACUCCGAUGCUAUCAUUGCUGCUUGGGAUCCGUACAUGCAGCUAUCUAUAUCCGAUGAUCUGACACCAGUGGACUUGAGGCCUAUCACGCGGGUGAUGUAUGCGUCUGCAUUGAUCCCAGGUGCAUUUCAAGCAGGAUUUCUGGGACAGGAACCAACACCAACACUCUGGAAAUGA